CGCCAAUCCGCCGUUCGCCCUCCCAAAUGUCUCAAGGAUCGGCACGCUCUUCGCAAUGGCAGACUCUCGCACCUCGCGCAAUGUGGGCAAUAGGGAUUUUACCCAGGCGACAGUGGUGAUUAUCGGCGCGGGGAUUUCGGGGCUGUGUAUGGCGAUUGAUCUGCUCAGGAAAACGUCGUGUCGCAACUUCGUCAUCCUCGAGAAGGGAAGCCAGGUUGGCGGCACCUGGUUCGAUAAUAAAUACCCAGGCUGCGCGUGUGAUGUCUGGAGCACGUUAUACAGCUUUUCCUUCGCGCAAAAGUCCGACUGGUCGAGAGCGUAUCCCGGACAGGAAGAGAUUCUACAAUACAUUAUCAGCGUCGCGGAGAGGUUCGGCCUAUUCAAAUACAUCCGGUUCAACUCGGCCGUGCAGGAAGCGCGCUGGGACGACGAGAAACAACACUGGACGGUCGACGUCGAAGUCGGCGGCGCCAAAGACCGACAAUACAUAGAAUCGUACCAGAUCACCACCAACUUUCUGGUCUCCGCCGUCGGCCAGCUCAACGCCCCUUACUGGCCGUCUCUCACAGGUCUUGACGAGUUCACCGGGAAACUGAUGCACUCGGCGCGAUGGGACUGGAGUUAUGAUUUCACCGGCAAACGCGUUGCCGUCAUUGGAAAUGGCGCCACGGCCGUCCAAAUCGUCGCCAACAUCGCCCCCUCCGUCUCGCAACUCACCGUCUACCAACGCACCCCGAACUGGGUCAACCCGCGCAACGACGCCCCUCUCUCUUCCCUCCACCAGUUCCUUCUCUCGCGCAUCCCCCCGCUGCGCUGGCUCAAACGCUCGCUUCAAAUGCAGAUCCGCGAACUCACCCACCUGGCGUUGGCCCACCCCACCUCCGUCUUCUCGGACUACGUGCGCAACAAAUCCAUCGCCUCCAUGAAAGCCCAGUUACCCGAUAAACCGGAGUACUGGGACAAGCUGGUCCCGAAGUACGCGCCGGGCUGUAAACGUAUUCUCGUGAUCGAUGAUUACUACUCGACCCUGAAUCGGAAGAACGUGGCGCUGGACACGCGGCCGAUCCGGGGGCUGACGGAGCAAGGCGUGCAGACGGACGAUGGGGCGGAGGCGGAGUUCGAUCUGAUUGUGCUGGCGACGGGGUUCCGGGCUGUCGAGUUCAUGCAUCCGAUUAGAGUCUUUGGGAAGAACGGGAGACCGCUCUCGGAGAUUUGGAAGGAUGGGGCCGCGGCGUAUAAGGGGGCGACGGUGGAGGAUAUGCCGAAUUUCGGGAUGCUGUUUGGGCCGAAUACGAGUUUGGGCCACAACUCUAUCAUCCUCAUGAUCGAAGCGCAGUCGCGGUACCUGUCCACGCUGAUCCAGGGCGUCGUCAAAGCCAAGAAAUCCGGCAAGUCCCUCGCCAUUACGCCUCGGCCUGAGGUUGUGCAACGAUACAACGAAGAGAUCCACGCGCGGCUGGAGAAAACCAGCUUGGCCGACCCCAACUGUCACAGCUGGUAUAAGACGGAGAGCGGCAAGAUCACGACCACCUGGCCCGGCACGGCGGUUCAGUAUCAGCGGGAAAUGAGCCGCGUGUGCUGGGAGGAUUACGUGGUUGAAGGGACGGGGAAGCAGCUGGUCAAGGGGAAGAAGGUGUAUCUUGGAAGAGUGGUGGAAGAGAUCCCGGUUAGUUAUCCGGCGCUGAUCCUGGGGAUGGUUGGGUUUGUGGCGGGUGGAGUGGGCUGGAUGAAUGGGUUGACGGGCGAGAGGGUGGGACAGUGGGUAUGGCAGGUGGGAUUGCGGUUGAAGGAGAGAUACCUGUUGCUUUAG